CACUCGGGGGGGAGAUAGUGUUGUUUGUUGUUUCAAGCCAAGUUUGGUCCCACCACUCUCAGGAGAGAAGAGACGAGAGAGCAGACGCUUGUGCAGCCCCUCUUGACGAGGACUUCGUGGGACGCUCCGCUGCGAGGAGCAUCCGAUGGGAUUAUAAACACUCUUCCAGCUCACUUUUCCCCCACUAAGGUUAACUCUGCAUGGCCUGUUGCUGAAAGGAACCUUGUGUUAACAUUAUUUGUUGGGAGACUUUGAACAAUGAGUAUUAUUUCUGCUUGAGUAUUAAGGUCUCACACCUUCCUCAGUGACACACUUGGUUGGGUUUGACCCCUAAACCCAUCUUUCUCAUGUCCGAGACGAGACGCCAGCGCUCUGUGAUGUGAGGUCUCUGGCCGCCAACGCUCUUUGCCUUUUUAGGCAAGUGCUGAACAAUUCUGCCUCCUUCUCUUCCCUGAAAACAAAUGGACCCAAAAGUCAUGCCCGGACCAUAAAUUGAGUUUCCACCUUGAUUCACUCGGAGCCCGUUGAUUCGGCACGGAAAUUCGAGGGACGGACUCACAAGGCCUGACUUGAUGUUGAAUUCAGCUCAAAUCCUGACAGAAUUCACGAGACUGUUGUGCUUUGCUCUAUUGUUUCCCAGAGUCCCGUCAAAGGGGUUCUGUCUCCUGGUGACAUAACCUAGUACCACACAGAAUGUAAAGCUAUUUUUUCCCCCCUCCAGAGUAUGCGGGGGCUUUUUGCAGCAGUUUCUCCCUCACAUUUCCAAAUUGUUGUUUUGACCUCAACGUCGCGAUAAAAUGAUGAACAAAGACUCUCGCUUCUCGAGGAAGAUGCAUGGCGGCUUUUCCACUCGCAGGCACUCGUGCAUUGGCUUCGAUGUGGAGAACGGGUUGUCAGUGGGGCGCAGUCCCCUGGACCCACAGAGCAGCCCAGGCUCUGGUCUGGUCCUCCAGGCCAACUUCCCCCACAGCCAGCGGCGGGAAUCCUUUCUCUACCGCUCGGACUCUGACUUUGACCUGUCCCCCAAAGGUCCUUCCAAGAACUCAUCCACCGCAACUGACCUGGAAGAAAGCUUGAAGCACUGGGAGGUCAACUGGUUAUCAUCUCGACAUACAGAAGACAUGAUUGUCACACCGUUUGCACAGGUGCUGGCCAGCCUGAGGACGGUCCGGGGUAACUUUGCCCUCAUCACCGGCCAGCAGGAUCGGCCGGCCAGCAAGACUCGAUCCUCGGGCAGCAACCCACCAUCCAUGUGCAAGACCAGUCUCGCAGAGGAGCCCCACCAGCAGCUGGCCAUCGAGACCCUGGACGAGCUGGACUGGUGCCUGGAACAACUGGAGACCCUGAAGACCCGUCACUCUGUCAGCGAGAUGGCCUCCAACAAGUUCAAGAGGAUGCUGAACCGGGAGCUCACCCAGCUGUCAGAAACCAGCCGCUCAGGGAAUCAGGUCUCCGAGUUCAUCUCAAGUACUUUCCUAGAGAAGCCACAUGACAUGGACAUCAUGGCUCCGUCCUCCAAGGAGGAGAAGAAGAAGCGACCCAUGUCCCAGAUCAGCGGCGUGAAAAAGGCUACGCACAGUCCCAGCCUUGCACCCUCCACCAUCCCUCGCUUUGGGGUCACUGCGACUCAGGAAGGUCUCCUGGCCAAGGAAUUGGAUGACGUCAACAGAUGGGGGAUUGACAUCUUUAAGGUCUCGGAAUAUUCUGGAAACCGUCCACUCACAGUCACCAUGUACACCAUUUUCCAGGAACGUGACCUUCUCAAGUCUUUCAAGAUUCCCACCGACACUUUCAUCACUUUCAUGAUGACCCUGGAGGAUCACUACCACGCAGACGUGGCGUACCACAACAACAUCCACGCCGCCGACGUGGCCCAGUCCACGCACGUGCUGCUGUCCACGCCCGCGCUGGAGGCCGUGUUCACCGAUCUGGAGAUCCUCGCCGCUCUCUUUGCGAGCGCCAUCCACGACGUGGACCACCCCGGGGUCUCCAAUCAGUUUCUGAUCAACACCAAUUCCGAGCUGGCGUUGAUGUACAACGACUCGUCGGUGUUGGAGAAUCACCACCUGGCAGUCGGCUUCAAGCUCCUGCAGGAGGACAACUGUGACAUCUUCCAGAACCUCAGCAAGAAACAGGGACAUUCGCUGCGCAAAAUGGUCAUCGACAUGGUGCUCGCCACCGAUAUGUCCAAGCACAUGAACCUGCUGGCGGACCUGAAAACCAUGGUGGAGACCAAGAAGGUCACCAGUUUAGGAGUUCUGCUCCUGGACAAUUACUCGGACCGCAUACAGGUCCUCCAGAACAUGGUGCACUGCGCCGACCUCAGCAACCCCACCAAGCCGCUGGAGUUGUACCGCCAGUGGACGGACCGGAUCAUGGUGGAGUUUUUCACCCAAGGGGACAGGGAGCGAGACAAGGGCAUGGAGAUCAGCCCCAUGUGCGACAAACACAACGCCUCCAUUGAGAAGAGUCAGGUGGGCUUCAUCGAUUACAUCGUUCACCCUCUGUGGGAGACGUGGGCCGACCUGGUCCACCCCGACGCCCAGGAGAUCCUGGACACGCUGGAGGACAACAGGGAGUGGUACCAGAGCAUGAUCCCCCGCAGUCCCUCACCCCACCCCGAGGGACCGCAAGAAGGAGGUCUGACCGGCGAGGCGUCCGGCUUUUGCGUCGGCACCGGCAACUUAUCUGACAAGUUCCAGUUUGAGCUGACCUUGGAGGAAGAAGGGGAGUCCGACACCGAGAGCUUGGCCGAGGAAGAGGAGGAGGAGGAGGAGGAGGAGGGCUGUGACGGUUACGGGAUGUCCAGGACUGAUUCCGGCGGCGAAUUCGACGCCAUCCCCGCGGCGAUCACUUGCGACGCAACAAGGACGUUUCCAGCACACUCCGAUAAAGACAUGUCAGCGCCGAGAGGGGCCGACCCAGACUUGCCCGGGGUCUCGGACGUCCGUCCGGACACAUAGCACACCCCCCUCGCCACCGAGUCCCUUUUAACUUCUCUGAUUGCAGUGCCUCCUCGUCUAUGACUCCGCCCCCCCUCCCCGCUCCACGCCCCCUUUCUUCCACCUGUGUUCCCACCCGGAGCAGGUUUGGAUGUGAAGGAGGCAUGCCAGGUGCUUGCACUAAACAAGCAGUCCAGCACGGGACAAGAAUCCAGGUCCCUGUCAGCGUACGUGCCGCCGACUAACGAACCGUCUUCCUGUUUCUACUUUUUACAAAGCAGCUGAGCGAGGGGAGAUGCCAGGACGUCUUCUUCAGGCCAAGUCUGACACUCUCAACUUUUAUUCCGAGCCCAAAGGAGCGGGCCGGAAACGUAGCGGACCUUUUUCCAGUGACUGUCCCCAGGUGAUGGCAAAGAGAGUCAGAAGAGAUAAAGUCUUGCAGAAAGGAGUCAAACCAGCCAGUCAGGCAAGGUGGUGUGCCCCCUGGUGUUGAACACCAGUACUGAUGACUUGCAUGGGAAACACAUUCAAAUAUUGUUAAUUGCUUUUAUUUGAAUUCCCUUUGAUAUUUUUGACACCCGUUUUAUCAACUUGACUUUAGCACUUUUUUGGGCUGACUCGGAAGGGCUUCUGAUUCCAAACCCAAGCACACGGAGGCGGUUGACUGAAACACUGAUAUUUUAAUCAUGCAAACACUAAACCCCGCACGCAUUUUUUUUCUCUUAAAACAAUGGAUUUAAAAGUACCCAGGCCGCAUCUUUGUACAAACCCUGUUUCCAUAUGAGUUAGAAAUUGUGUUUGAUGUAAAUAUAAACAGAAUACAAUGAUUUGCAAAUCCAGUUGAAUGCACUACAAAGACAACAUAUUUGAUGUUCAAACUCAAACUUCAUUUUUCUUUGCAAAUAAUAAUAACUUAGAAUUUCAUGGCUGCAAUACGUGCCAAAGUAGUUGGGAAAGGGCAUGUUCACCACUGUGUUACAUCACCUUUUCUUUUAACAACACUCAAUAAAUGUUUGGGAACUGAGGAAACUAAUAGUUGAAGCUUUGAAGGCGGAAUUCUUUCCCAUUCUUGUUUUAUGUAGAGCUUCAGUCGUUCAACAGUCCGGGGUCUCCGCUGUCGUAUUUUACGCUUCAUAAUGCGCCACACAUUUUCCAUGGGAGACAGGUCUGGACUGCAGGCGGGCCAGGAAAGUACCCGCACUCUUUUACUACGAAGCCCCGCUGUUGUAACACGUGUUGAAUGUGGCUUGGCAUUGUCUUGCUGAAAUAAGCAGGGGCGUCCAUGAAAAAGACGGCGCUUAGAUGGCAGCAUAUGUUGUUCCAAAACCUUUCAGCAUUAAUGGUGCCUUCACAGAUGUGUAAGUUACCCAUGCCUUGGGCACUAAUGCACCCCCAUACCAUCACAGAUGCUGGCUUUUCAACUUUGCGCCGAUAACAGUCUGGAUGGUUCGCUUUCCCUUUGGUCCGGAUGACACGAUGUUGAAUAUUUCCAAAAACAAUUUUAAAUGUGGACUCGUCAGACCACAGAACACUUUUCCACUUUGUAUCAGUCCAUCUUAGAUGAUCUCGGGCCCAGAGAAGCCGGUGGCGUUUCUGGAUGUUGUUGAUAAAUGGCUUUCGCUUUGCAUAGUAGAGUUUUAACUUGCACUUACAGAUGUAGCGACGAACUGUAUUUAGUGGCAGUGGUUUUCUGAAGUGUUCCUGAGCCCAUGUGGUGAUAUCCUUUAGAGAUUGAUGUCGGUUUUGGAUACAGUGCCGUCACGGUCAUUCAAUGUUGGUUUCCGGCCAUGCUGCUUACGUGGAGUGAUUUCUCCAGAUUCUCUGAACCUUUUGAUGAUAUUAUGGAGCGUAGAUGUUGAAAUCCCUAAAUUUCUUGCAAUUGCACUUUGAGAAACGUUGUUCUUAAACUGUUUGACUAUUUGCUCACGCAGUUGUGGACAAAGGGGUGUACCUCGCCCCAUCCUUUCUUGUGAAAGACUGAGCAUUUUUUUGGGGAAGCUGUUUUUAUACCCAAUCCUGGCACCCACCUGUUCCCAAUUAGCCUGCACACCUGUGGGUUUUCCAAAUAAGUGUUUGAUGAGCAUUCCUCAACUUUAUCAGUAUUUAUUGCCACCUUUCCCAACUUCUUUAUCACGUGUUGCUGGCAUUGAAUUCUAAAGUUAAUGAUUAUUUGCAAAAAAAAAACGAAGUUUAUCAGUUUGAACAUCAAAUAUGUUGUCUUUGUAGCAUAUUCAACUGAAUAUGGGUUGAAAAUGAUUUGCAAAUCAUUGUAUUCUGUUUAUAUUUACAUCUAACACAAUUUCCCAACUCAUAUGGAAACGGGGUUUGUACAUGUGACUUUGUUUGUGUGUGUGUGUCCCCCCCCCCCCCUUUGUCCGGUUAAUCAAUAUUUUGCUCUCCAUCGGGCAAGUCGAUGAAAAAACAAGUGCCAGGCGAGCACGACACAAGCUGUACUGUAGUUUCCAUUCUGCCACCGGCGACUUUCCACCAGCGAGUUGUUUGAUGGCAGCGCCUGCUGUGCCAAUCUGACCCCGCCCUCUCUUCUCACCUCCUCAAACCGUAACUGAUAUUGUCUUAAAACUGGUGUGUUUUUGUGAGGGACGGACUUCUUUUUUUUUUUUUUUUAAGGUGUAUUUGCUGAUAAAAACCAAAGCACUUUGUAUAGUUAUCUUACAAUUGUGUAAAAUGUGACCGUUUUGGUGGAAUUCCUGGGCUGCACCACUACAGACGGCCCUUAAAGGCUGCAUGUUGGAGUUUGUUGGUUUUUUUUUUUUUUUGUCUGAUGCACAAUUUUGUACAAGAUGAACAGUACUUUUACCACAAAUCACUCCUCUUUUAACGUGUGAACAAGCUUUCAUUUCUUCUUUAUGCCUUAUUUCCACACCUGGGCUCUUCUGUGGCCGUAGAGCAGGGGUGUCCAAAGUGCGGCCCGCAACUAAUCGCCACGCAUUCUGCAAAAAUUGCAAAAUUGAUAGUUUUGCAAAAAUUAAAAAAUAUAUAUUUAAAAAAAAAAGUGGAAUGAGGUAAAAUCUAAUGAGAAAAAGUGGCAAUGUUGAUGCAAAGCUGCCAUGCAGGCAGUUGUUGGUUUUUUUUGUCCUAAUUUUCUUUUUUCCUUUGCUCAAAAAAAUCUAUGUUAUAAUGAAUUAUUACUUUAAAAUGAUCACUUUAAAAUGUUUUAUGUGGAAAAAAUAUCGCACAUGUUGUGUGGUUGCCGUAUAAAAACAUCAAAGUUUUGACAAAAGAGCAUAAAACCAACAAAAUAAUAGUUCAAACUUCAAAUCGACGGAUAUAUCUGAAGUUGAUCUUGAAAUUUAAGUGUUAAAAGUAAAAAAAAACCUAAUAAAAAUGCAUCACUUUAUGAGUGGGGAACCUUUCGGAUCUCAAAUAUAUUUAGUAGGAUUUUAUUGAACUUUUCACUGUGAUUACUCAAAUAUAUUAAAUAGUUAAAAUCAAUGAUGUCCUGCAUUAUUGAUCUUUGAGGGCUUUAAUUGCUAAAUAAAGGAACUCUCCUGAAGGAAUCAAUAAAGUACUAUCAAUCUAUAUAAAUACUGCAUAUUUCAGUUUUACUAUAAUAAACAAAGUUGUAUUUGACAGAAAAGGCAUAAACCCUUAUUUGUUUUACUUUACAUCAACCUCAAGUUGAUAUACAGAUUUAAUGUAAGCAUUAAAUAAAUAAAAAUAAUAAUAAUUUUACUUAUUUUGAACAUUUUAGUGACUGAGACCCUCUAUGCUCCCCAGGACCCCUAAGGAUUAAAAAAAAAAAAUCCAUAUAUUUUGUUGAAAAAUAUCAAAAUGCUUAAAUUCUUCUGUGGAAAAAGUUUGGACACCCCUGGGGUAGACGUACUGGAGGAGAACACGUGCGAUGCUUUCCUUAGCCAGGAUGCCUUUGAAAAGCAAGGACUAUGUAACGGGAUCUUAACCAGCACAACAUGCAACAGGGUCCCCUUUCUACGUCUGACUUUCUACUUUCUCCUCACAUCGCUCCAUGUACACUUUAUUCAUUACUUCUCUCUCACUUCAGUAGUCUUGAAGGUUUAGUCCUUAGUUGGAGUCACAUGGACUUAUGGGACACUUUUCUCUGCUUUUUCCGCCUCCUCCACGGUUCAGGUCGACAAAAAAACGCAGCAAAAUGACUCCUUUUCAUUUUUUGUCUGUAUGCAAACUCGCCGAGAGGCAAAAUUCUGGCCUAUUUCUCCUUUUAACUGUCUUCCUCUCUUGUCUUUGCACACUUAACAUUCAUGGGGGGGGGGGAGAAUUGUUCAGCCUGUGAAGAUUUUAUGAUGAAAAAAGUCCUCAUAAUCAGAAUUUCUCUACUGCAGCUUUGACAAUCCAAUCUCUGUGGUUAAACGGCGGCUGUUUUCUGCCCUCUUUCCAACUAGAACUGUACGCCUUGUCAAUAAAAGAAGAAAAAAAAUGUUU